AUGCCAAAGAGAAAGUGGGCUCGGGCAAGAGGUGCAGGGGCGCGGCGCGCAGGCAGAGAGCGCUGUGGCCCCGGCGCAAGGAGGGAGCCGCUGCCACCGCCGCGCCUGCAGGGCCGCCUCUUUCUCCCCCCGCCCCGUCUGCACCCCACGAGUCGUGUCACCGCGGAGCCGGCCGGAGAGACGGUGCUCGGCUUCGGUCCUCGACUUCAAUUCUCUGCGCCGCACGAGCGGAGCCGGUGGUGCUGCCGCCCGAGCGCGCUGUCCGUGACCCUCCUCCGUAUCGCCUUUGUCUCGGAGCCGCGGCGUCUGGACUCGCCGCUUUCUGGGAGAUCCCAGGGCCACAGCCCACGGCCCAUGACAGAGCCUGGCCUCCCUGAGCCCUGGUCUUCAAGCGCGCGAACCUUCGGGCGGAGGAGAGAGUGGCCGCGGGUACUUCCCGGGUCCCCGGCGGAUGCCCUGCGCUCGCCAGCACGCCUGUUCGGGAGGAAGGAGGACACGGAGCCUUUGGCCGGACCGUCCCGGCUCACCUCUCUCUCCGCGGCUCGCAGCGUGGGUGCGAGCCGGAUCCCAGGACUCUCCGGGCUUUCGGCGGCCGCUGCGCCUCUGCUUCCCCCCAACCCUUUCGCCUCCACGUUCGAGAGCAAGCGACCGAUGCCGCCGCAGCAGGGGAAUCCAGAGUACAUCAGCAAGCCGGUGGCGGGCUGCUGCGGCUGCGAGGUGCCGCCGGUGCCCCCGCGCCGGGUGCGCAGCGGCCGGACCGCAGCGCUAGCGACCCGCUGUCUGGCAGGCGGCGCGGAGAGGCGCAGCAUCAAGUGCGUGCUGGUCGGAGACGGCGCCGUGGGGAAAACGAGCCUGGUGGUGAGCUAUACCACCAACGGCUAUCCCACCGAGUACAUCCCCACCGCCUUCGACAACUUCUCGGCUGUGGUGUCUGUGGAUGGGCGGCCUGUGCAGCUCCAGCUCUGUGACACAGCUGGCCAGGAUGAGUUCGACAAGCUCAGGCCUCUCUGCUACACAAACACAGACGUCUUCCUGCUGUGCUUCAGCGUCGUGAGCCCUUCAUCCUUCCAGAAUGUGAGUGAGAAGUGGGUACCAGAGAUCCGGUGCCAUUGCCCCAAAGCCCCCAUCAUCCUAGUCGGGACUCAGUCAGAUCUCAGAGAAGAUGUCAAAGUCCUGAUUGAGCUGGACAAAUGCAAAGAGAAGCCAGUGCCUGAAGAGGCGGCAAAGUUAUGUGCCGAAGGAAUCAAAGCCUCCUCUUACAUAGAAUGUUCAGCCUUGACUCAGAAGAACCUCAAAGAAGUCUUUGACGCAGCCAUUGUUGCUGGCAUUCAAUACUCAGACACUCAGCAACAGCCAAAGAAGUCGAAGAGUAGGACUCCAGAUAAGAUGAAAAACCUCUCCAAGUCCUGGUGGAAGAAAUAUUGCUGUUUUGUCUAAUGCUGGCAAGAAACUCAGAAAAGCAAUUUCCAGAUGAAAUCAAUAUUAGAAGCUAUAUUAGCUGAACUAAUUCCUUUUACUGUGUAGAACCUGUGUGGAGAAUGCGUGUGUUAUAGGAGGAGUUCACAAUUUCUGUGUUCUUUCUUGCCUUUGAUUUUCUUGUUGUUUGUUUGAGCUAGGGAUGAGAUACUUAUGCAAAAUAUUUUUGAAGUAAGUUAAGAAAUUUUCACAACUCUGGAAAUUUAGAAUUUCACACCUCUGAAUUAAUUUACAUCUCAAAUGAAAAAGACACCUCAAAUCUGGAUGUGAGGAAUGAAAUUUUGCUACAUUAUUAUGUACAAAAGAACAAAAGGGGGAAUGUUGUGAUUAACCCUCCCUUCAUUAAAGGCUACUUAAUGCGUAGUGAAGGAGCCUUGGUGGUGCAGUGUUAAGCACUCAGCUACUAACUCAGCUAUUAAGGUUGGCAGUUUGAACCCCCUAGCUGCUUUGUGGGAGAAAGAUGUGGCAGUCUGCUCCAGU